GAGAGCCCGAUGAAAAACAUGCCACUCCGCCUAGACUGGGACGCUAUAUUUCGCCGCGGAGCCGCACCACCGCCGGAGUUAGAGGUCGUGACCUCCGAUGAGCCGGCGCCAAGUGAAGCUUUUCCGGUGAACGAGCUCUCCGAUCAUGACCUUGAGACGAAGAUCCGCAGGCUUCAUGAACUCCUUGAUGGUGGUUUCAUCCUUAAGAGACUGCAGGAUAAUGGCGCCAAACUCCAUUCAAAUCUCUCCCAAUUCGAAGAAGAGUUCCGUCGAAGAAAUCUUUUGAGGAAGCAGAAGGAUUCUGAAGCGAGAGGAAGGACAACUCAAUUGAAGAUCAAAUCUUCAACUGAUGUGAUUAGUAAUCUAGAUUACAGUCGUAUGUCAUCAAAGACAAAAUCUUCAUCUGUGUUUCAUUUUUCUAAGAAAUUGGAAGACAAGGCGUGCACUGCAUUUAAUGAGGAGCUGAGUUUUAUUGGUCAACAUAAGCAAAAAAGUUUAGGGAUAGAACAACAUAAAGCGAAUAAAUUCAGACAUAGUGAUGUAUUCUCUUCUCAGCCAGCUAAAACGUCUUUCAGAGGAUUGCCUUUCCGUUUCUUGCUUGGUGUAAAGAAAGACAGGUUUUCAAAUGGUGGUCAGACAGAUAGUGGAUCAUCUAACAGUUCAUUAUAUGAAAAGAGAAAAUUUUCUGGUCGAAUUUUAAGGAGGCAGGUAAAAGAUUUUGUUAUUUUGGACGAAGAGGCACAUUCUACACAACCAGUGAAUGAGACUAUGUUUCACGAAUGGAGGGAGGCCAAAGUUUACUACCCCUCUAGGGAUGACCCGGAAUCUGUUGAGCUUUCCUACUCAGAUAUAAAAUGCCUAGAUCCUGGAUCGUACUUAACCUCUACAAUAAUGAAUUUUUACAUUCAGUAUCUACAAAGAUCACUUUCUUCAAUCAGUAGAGCAAGGGACAAGUAUUAUAUUUUCAACACAUAUUUUUAUGAAAAACUUAAGGAAGCACACUUUUGUGAGGGUGAUAAGGGUGCAAGCUUUUUGAAGUUGAGGCGAUGGUGGAAAGGUGUAAAUAUCUUUCAAAAAUCUUACAUCUUUUUGCCAAUUCAUGGACAUUCACACUGGAGCUUGGUUAUAAUCUGUAUCCCAGCGAAGGAAGAUGAAUCAGGUCCUAUCAUACUUCAUUUGGAUUCACUUGGUAUUCACAGUAGCCAUCCAAUUUUUGACAUUGUUGAUAGCUAUUUAAUAGAUGAAUGGAAUUUUGUGAAUCAAAGUGCUGCCCCUCUUGAUAUUCCUUUCUCGAGAGGUAUAUGGCGAUGCCUUCCUGACUGGAUUGAGAAGAAAAAGAUUAAGGUUCCUCAGCAAAAGAAUGAGUAUGAUUGUGGUGUAUUUGUGCUUUACUACAUGGAGAGGUUUAUUAGAGAAGCACCUGAAAGGAUCCGAGCAAAAGACCUAAACAUGUUUGGUAACAAGUGGUUUCAGCCUCAAGAGGCCUCCAACUUGAGAAACAGAAUUAGAGCACUUCUUUUAGAAGAAUUUGAGAGUGCUAGGCUUGACAAUGAAGAAGAUCAAUUACCGUCAUCUUCUGGCUGUUCUGCAAAUUGCGAAGAAAAAGAUGAUCCUGAACCUGAUGUUGUGGAAUCAAUUAUGUUGGAUUGAUCCUGAAUUCGAUUCAAGUAACUUCACUCCAUAAAUGUCUCCGGCCGGAGUUAUGUACAGAAAUAACCCUGAAAUUGUUUAAUUAGAAGAUGCGGAAUUAUGCAGUAAAUAAUACUGGGUUGUAUCAGCUGUUCAUGAUUUCUGAUAUUUUUUGUGUGAGAAAAUUUUGUUAGGGUAUUUGUACAGGGAAAUCUAUACAUGUUAUAAGUUUGACAGGCUGUUCUUUGAGACUUCUACUAAAGAAAUUUUACCUUUGUGUGUGCA